AACAAAAAAACGAAAUAAAAAAAACCAAAAAGAAAGUCUCUUUUGACCACCACGACCACCUCCACCACCCUCUCCAUCCCCUCCCUUUCUUCUCGUCUUCCUCCUAUCUUCUUCUUCGUUUCGCCCCCCAAAAACCCCAUCAUCCUCCUUAUCUUUAUAAGUUUGAUUUUGGUAUUGACCUAUAUAUUUACAAAAAUUAUUGGCCAUUUUUGUUUUUGACAUUUUUGAUUGUAAUGAAGGUUUACCAAUAAUUGUUUCAUCAAUUCAUUCAAUGGGGGCCUGCUUCUCUACCAUCAAAGUCAAUGGUUCUAAUAGCAAUAACACCGGCAUUACGGCCAUCAUUGGCCACCACCACUUUCACCGUAAAGAAAGCUCCACGUCCACUACCACUACCGUAUCCCAGCCACCGUCAACGACAGCGAAAAAACAAUCAUCAUCAGAUAAUAAUAACAAUAAUAAUGAGACUCGUAAGAGUAAACAACAAUCACAGCAGCAGCAAAAGGUGAAAGAGAAGCAAACUUCUAGGCGACAAAGUGGGGUGAUCCCAUGUGGGAAGCGCACGGAUUUUGGGUACGCUAAGGAUUUUGAUAAGCGAUAUACGAUCGGUAAAUUGUUGGGUCAUGGUCAAUUUGGGUAUACCUAUGUUGCCACUGAUAAGGGCAAUGGAGAUUGUGUCGCGGUAAAGAAGAUUGAGAAAAAUAAGAUGAUUCUUCCUAUUGCUGUUGAGGAUGUUAAGCGAGAGGUCAGGAUAUUGCGGGAACUUACUGGCCAUGAGAAUGUUGUGCAGUUUUAUAACGCAUUUGAGGAUGAUUCUUAUGUAUAUAUAGUGAUGGAGUUAUGUGAGGGUGGUGAAUUGCUAGACCGCAUAUUGGCAAAGAAGGACAGUCGUUAUUCGGAGAAAGAUGCAGCAGUAGUUGUACGACAGAUGCUCAAAGUUGCUGCUGAGUGUCAUUUACAUGGUUUGGUACACCGAGACAUGAAACCAGAGAAUUUCCUUUUCAAAUCAGCCAAGGUGGACUCACCUUUGAAGGCCACAGAUUUUGGCUUGUCAGACUUCAUAAAACCAGGAAAGAAGUUUCAAGAUAUUGUUGGCAGUGCCUAUUAUGUAGCCCCUGAAGUCCUAAAGCGAAGGUCUGGACCUGAAUCAGAUGUCUGGAGCAUCGGUGUUAUCACUUACAUUUUGCUAUGUGGAAGGCGCCCUUUUUGGGAUAGGACUGAGGAUGGUAUAUUUAAGGAGGUCUUGAGGAAUAAACCUGACUUUCGCCGUAAACCAUGGCCAACCAUAAGCAAUAGUGCCAAAGAUUUUGUGAAGAAGUUACUGGUGAAGGAUCCUCGUGUUAGACUUACUGCUGCUCAGGCCCUAUCACAUCCAUGGGUUAGAGAAGGAGGAGAUGCAUCUGAAAUACCUAUUGACAUAUCUGUCCUGAGUAAUAUGCGACAAUUUGUGAAGUACAGUCGUCUGAAACAGUUUGCUCUAAGGGCAUUAGCUAGCACACUUGAUGAUGCAGAGCUGGCUGAUCUUCGGGAUCAAUUUGAUGCAAUUGAUGUAGAUAAAAAUGGUUCUAUCAGUCUUGAAGAGAUGAGACAGGCCCUUGCUAAAGAUCUGCCCUGGAAGAUGAAAGAUUCUCGUGUCCUUGAGAUUCUUCAAGCAAUCGACAGUAACACGGAUGGACUUGUUGAUUUCUCCGAGUUUGUUGCGGCUGCUUUACAUGUGCAUCAGCUAGAGGAACACAAUUCUGAGAAGUGGCAGUUGCGAUCACAGGCUGCUUUUCAGAAAUUUGAUCUUGAUAAAGAUGGUUAUAUAACACCAGAGGAACUAAGAAUGCACACGGGCUUAAAAGGUUCCAUUGACCCACUUCUUGAAGAGGCUGAUAUUGAUAAAGAUGGUAAGAUAAGCCUUCCAGAAUUUCGUAGGCUUCUCAGAACUGCAAGUAUUAGUUCACGAAAUGCACCAAGCCCAUCUGUUCAACGAACUUCACGAAAGGUAUAGAGCAAAAAUGGAGUUUUGAAGAUCGAGACAAGAGAGAGAGUUCCAGAAACUUCAAGAUUACAUGCAAACGUGGUACUUCUCUCCAUCACUCUACCAUUUACCUCUUUUCGGAACUAGAAAACGUUUUCAACGAUAGAAAUUAUGUUAAAGAGGAUGUAUCAUAUUAAGUGGAGAGGGGUUGGUUCUCUAUGGAGGAUGGCUCUUAGUGUGGUGGUCAUACUAUUGUACAUUCUUUACGACGCGUUGGGGACUUUCUUCGUCUAGCCCCUUCGAAUUGUAAUACUUGACGACAAAUAAAGUACGAAAGAGUAGUCUGUUGUUGAGAAAUCAGUUUGUGUGCAUUGUGUGUUCUUGGAAAUCAUAAGUUUGUACUUAUUUGUUUCGUAUAUGCAUGGUGGUUUAAGUACAAAA